AAAUUCAAUAACUCUAUCGAUUUUUAGAUUUUGCUAAUAUGGAGAAAAUUGAAGAAAAUAGAGAAAACAUGAGGAAUGUGGAUCUGAAUGUAGCGUGUUUAUUGAACGGUGAAUCAAGUGGAUCACAAAGAAGUGUUGCUUCAAGUUUGACUGAUCUUGAAACCCAACAACCACCUAAUCAAUGGGAAAGUGCUCAAGAAUUCAGAGAGAAGCUGAGGUACUUCUUGCACAACAUGCCUUGUGUUGUUUAUGACUCACCAAAUGGAAAGAAGACUAAAGGAUACUUAUUAUACUCGUCUGUGAGGAGAGAAGAUCUGAAGAUAGUUUGUAGUUGUCAUGCUAGUUUUCUAACCCCCGCUGAAUUUGUGAGACAUGGUGGUGGAGGUGACAUUGAAAACCCUUUAAAAUAUAUAGAUAUAGUUCUUGCCUGAAAAAUGGAUUAGUUGCUUUAUUAUGAUUGUUAUUUGAUCUUUUCUUUUGUUGUUGUACUAAAUAAGUUCAAUGGCUA